UGAUGAUCCUGGAAGUUGUAAUAGCCCAGUGUAGCCACAGCUGUCUAGUGGAGAGGCUGGGGCAGACGUUUCAGCUUCAACCCCCCUCCACCUCUCUCUCCUUCUCUCUCUCUCUCUCUCUCUCUCUCUCUCUCUCUCUCUCUCUCUCUCUCUGUGGCCACCAUAAACCUCCGGGCACACAUAUCACCGAGAAACCCUGCUGUUAGAUUACACUUAAAAAAAACAAAACAAAAAAAAAACCCAUCGCCAGCUGAGAUAAUGUAAUACAUCACGGGCAAAAAAGAGGGCGCGUGAGCAUUUUAUAUGAGUCUCGAGUGAGUGACGACUGCUCGUCGCUAGCUAACUGGCUAGCCUAGCCUUAGCUCUCAAACCGCCGCAAAACCGUCAAGUUUUCGUCGGUGUACCUCUCCGGUGUGACCGGCGGCAAGUCAGUCAUCGCCACUGUCGCAGUUUCCAUCGCUGUCAGCCGGUAUAAUUUCAGUUUUGGGGAUAUUCGGUCUUAAGAGGGGAAACAAUGGGUGCAUUUCUGGACAAACCAAAGAUGGAAAAAUACAAUUCCCGCGGUGAGGGUAACAACCUGAGGUAUGGGCUGAGUAGCAUGCAGGGCUGGCGGGUAGAGAUGGAAGAUGCACACACAGCGGUAAUUGGUCUGCCUCAUGGUCUUGACCCCUGGUCGUUCUUUGCUGUUUAUGAUGGGCAUGCUGGCUCUCAGGUGGCCAAGUACUGCUGUGAGCACCUGCUGGAGCACAUCACCAGCAACUCAGACUUCCAGAGUGCUCUGCAGGAGGACCCCUCUGUGGAUAGCGUGAAGAAUGGGAUCCGCACGGGAUUCUUGCAGAUUGAUGAACACAUGCGAACCAUCUCCGAGAAGAAGCACGGCGUGGACCGCAGCGGCUCCACUGCAGUGGGAGUGAUGAUUUCUCCGAGCCAUAUCUACUUUAUCAAUUGUGGCGACUCGAGGGGACUCCUCAGCCGAGGCGGAGCUGUGCACUUCUUCACACAGGAUCACAAACCCAGCAACCCUCUGGAGAAGGAAAGGAUUCAGAAUGCCGGCGGCUCAGUCAUGAUCCAGCGAGUUAAUGGGUCCCUAGCUGUGUCUCGGGCUUUGGGAGACUUCGACUACAAGUGUGUGCAUGGAAAAGGUCCGACAGAGCAGCUUGUGUCUCCUGAGCCUGAAGUUUAUGCAAUAGAGAGAUGCGAGGGAGAAGAUGAAUUCAUUAUACUAGCAUGUGAUGGCAUCUGGGAUGUCAUGGCCAAUGAGGACCUGUGUGACUUUGUCAGGUCAAGGCUAGAGGUGACAGAUGAUCUUGAAAGAGUCAGCAAUGAAAUUGUUGACACCUGCUUGUACAAGGGAAGCCGGGAUAAUAUGAGUGUUGUGUUAAUCUGCUUUCCUGGGGCCCCAAAAGUUUCUCCUGAAGCAGUGAAACGGGAGGCUGAGCUGGAUAAAUACCUGGAGGGCAGAGUAGAAGAGAUCAUCAAGAAACAGGGGGAUGAAAGUCUCCCAGAUUUGGUCCAUGUUAUGCGGACGUUAGCAUCUGAGGCCAUCCCUAACCUCCCGCCUGGAGGAGAGCUGGCAAGCAAACGAAGUGUUAUUGAAGCGGUGUACAACAAACUCAACCCCUACCGAAGUGAUGACACAGACUCUGCAUCCACAGACGACAUGUGGUAACACAACCUCCUACCACUAACACAGCAUAGAGUUUACAAACCACCAUCCUCUCAAGACCCACAGCAGCUCAGCUCAGCAGUCUGUCUCUCCGUCACUCUGAGCUUUUGGUUUCUAAGAAGGGAAUUUCAUGGGAGGAGGAGAAGGAGAAGGAGAAGGAGGAGGAGGAGGAAGAAGAAGAAGAGGAGUUGCAUGCACACAAACCUGGAAUAGUGCAGCACCCGUCUUCUCUGGGGUUCCGGAUCCCUACCGUCUUGUCUCCCCUUUUAUGUUCAUCUUCCUUAAUACUCUCCUCUAAAGUAAUCCAUAACAAGUCCACAAGGUCUUCUUUCUUUUUGUUAAAUAAUCAGCUUAAGUAGUAAGAUUUUUUGCUGUAAUUAAUUUGAUUCACAUUUCCUUGUGUGUGUUUGUAUAUUUCUGUUUUUGUGAAGUGCAAUUGUCCUGUACAAACGGCCUGUAUUUAAUGCAGCUUGAUUUUAAGUUAAAAAAUGAAAGAAAUGAAAAAGAGAACCUUUUAUGCACUAUCUGCCUUUUCCUGCUCUUCUGGAAUUGUAACAAAUGUCUAUUCAGUGAAUAUUUCUGCUUGUCCUCCAGGCACAGUGUCUCUGCGCUUUUACAUUUCCUUUCUUUAUUUUAUUUUUUUUCAGUUAGUCUAUUCUCCUUUAAGAAACGGGUAAAUUGUAUAGUUGACAGCACAGUAAGCUCUCUAUCAAACCAUUUAAAUCCUAAUUAUUUUUUUUUCCCCUGUGCUUUUUUUUUAUUUUUAUUGUAUUUUAUUUUUGUAAGUGGUCUUCUGUACAUGCUCAUAAUAAUGGCAAAGGUGUUUCUCGGUCAUUUUGGAAGUGUGAAGUGAUUUUUUUUUUUUUUUUUUCCCCCUCUCUCUUCAUUUCAAGUCAUCUGAUUUGAGAAAAGAAAAAAGACCGCUGUUAACACGUUUGUCUGUGCAAAUAGAUACCUGCAAGCGUGCGUGGGUGCUUGUGUGUAUGUAUGUGCGCACGUGUGUUGGUAUAAAGGCGGAUCUGUAUGUGCAACUCUAAUUUAAAUUUUUCGCUAAGGUGGUUCAGACAAAAAGACCAGGCUGGAGUUUAAGAGAAUCGCUCGCCCAAAGCUUACCCAGCUUUUUUAAAUUUUAUUUCAGCCAGUGUUCCAUAUCAACCCAACAUAGGCUUUCACUACUUCCUAUUCCAAAAAAAAAAGCUUUGGAUAAUAGAGUUUACAUGCUGUUACGCUAUUUGAACAACUUCAAGCUAUAUAUCAAAACUAUACUGCAACCUGAGAUGACACAAGUAGUUCAAUAUACCCGUCCUGUGCGACGGUUUGCAGCUAGUCAGGUUUUGACUAGCUUACACAUCUAUUGUGUCAUAUUUAAAUAUCAGUUUCUAAACAUGCAUUGUUACCAGUGCCCACUGUGGGUGCCAUAUGAAUUAUAAUUCAGCUUUAUGACAGCCUAUGCCAAGUUUUUGUUUUCCUCAUGAGAUUCAGUUUUUGUAUGUGGUACAGAUGUUUUUAGCUUCUUUUUUUCCCCCCCUUUAACACCUGAUAAUUUGACUGAUGUGAACGGUUUAAGCACUGACUAUUUUAGAGAAAAUCACCCAUUACCAGUCUGUUGAUAGGAGAAACUGUUGAAUCUAAAUCGUACAAGCCUAUUUUUUGCCCCCCCCAACAUCGUCUUUAGAACAAAUCCGCUAACUGCAGUGAGUUCUCCUGGUUGUACAGCACCUUUUCAUUCCCAUCGGGUUUGCUCUGCUUAAAUCCUCCUCCACUGCACCACAAGCCAGAGCACAAUACAGUUCGCUGCUAUACUGUAUGAUCUGUGGGUUGAUAAUUAUGAUUAUUUUUCAGUUAAUUUCCCCCCUUCUAAAAAGAUGAAUAGUCACCAACUAAAUCUGUAUUCAUCACACACACGGUAGAUAUUUGUCUUGAAGAGAAGUUGUUUUAUUUCAGAUUUAUUCUCUGCCUUUUUUUUUGUUUGUUUGUUUUGUCUAAAAUUGCAUUGUUGGAAAUUUAUGUAUGUAUAUAUUUUUGACUUAAACUUUCAAGGAAUAAAUCAUGUCGCUUGAGUUAGUUUUUUGCUAUGGGCAAAAUGUGAUUCUGGUUUGUCUCGGGAUGAUUAGUACAACAGCGGUUUCCCUCUAAUCAUGUUGGUGUUGCUCUGAUUAAUACUCAAGGUUUGAACAGGUUCAUUUAUGUAACAGUAAUAAUGGACUAGAUUUGUAAUUCAUAUAUUAAAAUGACAAUCCUAACUAUUUCACCGCAUUUAGGUUUGUGGUGGGUAGCAAAUUAUUUAAUCGCAGACUUUAACUUUGACUAGAAUCCUAAAUUAGCUGCUUUCUAAUAUGCUGUAGUGGCAAAAAUGCCAAAGACCACUGAAAUUUUGUAACUGCGAAGUCCAUAUCGCAAUAUAAAGGAGAACCUAGCUGUAAACCACGUAAAAGAUUUUGUAAAUGUUAAGCUAUUAAGAGAGCGAUGUUCACUUUAUUUUGAGAUUCCCAUUCACCGUUAGUUAACGUUUAAAGGUACUCUGGAGUUUUUUUUUGACCACUGGUGGUGCUGUAGAGAAAUGUUGGAUGAGCACAAGGAUGAACACACAAGACAAAAACACAAAGUGAUGAUGUGAAAUACACUUCUGACUGCAGGAGGCGGUAAUGUGUAUAUUAACAGUUGGUGUUAAGUGAACCAAUGAAAGACGAUAAGACCUCAAGCUGAUCUCAAAAUCAAAUGUAGGUUUAUGUGACAUUAGGAAUGGCAUUGAACAUGUUUGUUUGGCCUUAAAGACACUCAAAAUACAUUUCAGUAAGAAAUGUUUGAAUGUAAACCUAACUUUGUGUUUUCAGUGGAAACUCUAUAGGGUACCUUUUAAACAAUCUGUCACCCCAGAAAUUACAUAAAUAACAUGUCAGAAUUCAAAAGAUAUCCUGCCCUGACGCAACACUGUAAACAUGUCAGAUAGAGAAAUUAAAUUUAUUCCAUGUUUGCAUGAAAAUGUGCGUUUAAAAACUACUUUUUUAUUCCAAUAAAUAGCUAAAAAAUAAAAAAAAAUUGAACAGCAACAUCUUUGAUGAUGGUUUAAAGUUAUAGUAUUGUAUUUCUAUCACAAUACUUAAUACUUACCUACAAAGGAAAUCCAGUCAAUUUAUUCUGUUUUUUUUUCUUUAUAAAUAAGCAGUUUUAUUUUGCGCUGCAUUGCUUGUGUUUGUUAGUGAGUGCACUAAAUGUCUCAUCAGUUUUCAGCAUCAAGCUGUUUUUUUUUUUUUUUUUUUGCAAACCUAGUUGGAUGUUGAUGACUCUUGAAAGCAACAUUUCAUGCAAUUUUUCUUAAAGCUUAAUAAGGAACAAAUAUUUCUUUAUAUCUCCAAGUCAUUGAUACACCCACUCCCCUGGGCUGUCCUGCAUUACCCCAGAAGUUUAAUAACUCGAUGUGACCCCUUUACAUACGUGCAUAUUCCAUAGAAUGAAAAAUGUAAAAAUUUGCUUUUUAAUACUGAAAACUGCUGUAUAGCUGGAAUGCUAGCCGAUAUUAACAGCGACUCGGUUGUGAUUUGUCACAUCUGGGUGUUUUUCUAUUUAAAUUAUAACAUUUCCUACCAUCCCUUUUACUCCCUCAUCAACAACAACAAAAAGUGAACAAAAACAAAGAAAAAAAAAACGAACCCAAGCAUCCAUUCCCCUCUUUUUAAUUUUUUAUGAACUGAAAUACCUCAUAACGUUUUGUAGGAAGUGUUUUUGUCUUGUGUUAUGUAGAUCCAAACUGUUCAGAAAACAGUUCACGAAUGCGUUUUUUUUUUUUUUCUUGUGGCUCUCCCCCCGUAGAACUUCUUCUUGAUUUUAACACUGAUCUAUGUGAGUGGGAUAAGCCUGUGCUCAUGUACAGUAUUUGACUGAAUUGUGCUAAUUUUAAAGAAAACAAGUAAUGAUUUUAAGUGGCUACUUCAAAUGACAACAUAUUUUAGUAACUAGGAACACUAUCGGCCUUGUUGUAUAAGCUGAUGCCCGCCCCCCCCCUUCGACCCUCAAAAUGCUCACCUGUGUAAUUUCCCAUCAAACUUGUCCACUCGUGUGAUGCUCACUUAUCUAAUCUAAUCUAGAAUUGUAUCGCGAGUUCAGGGUUUUUAGAAGUGUGAGAUGUGUGACUAAAUGGCAGUAGUCAUAUGCACUGAUCAUCUGUAUAAUCAGCUUUUUUUUUUCCAUAAAAUUGUUAUUGUAGAAAAAAAAAAGAUUAUAAAGCUAUUUACAGAGUUACCUUUGGUUGCCUGGAAUGCAUCCUGUAUAUUCUUGUACGGAGGACUGCCUGGCAGAAGUUGAAGAGAUUUUUAAAUGCUUGCGCCCUCUUGUACAUAUUGAUGUACCUCGGUUGUGGCGUUUACUGUGUCAUCCUUUAGCAGUGGUGGUUUAUUUGUCCCCUCACAGGGCGACCUGAGCCUCACUUUGCUGACCUUUUUCAGCUCAUAAAUAAGCUCACCGAUUUGCCUUACCCAAUCUCAUGUUGCCCCCUAAAGUACUUGUUCAACAAAACACUAUGAAGAGGAGUGAUGCCGCUGACAUUACACUCUUAUAGAUUAAAAAACUGUCCCCAUGUUAGGGUACUUAAGCUAUUAACAAAGUGACUUUGUCCUGGUUGUCACAAGGUACAACUUUUCAACCAUUGCUGGUUUGUAUGCUUUUUUUUUUCUCUCCAUGUUACCUUCUUGAAUCUCGGAAAAGCUUAUUUAAUUUUUCACUGCAGAUGAUGUCAUACUUUUAACAAAUGCAAGUGUUUUAACAUGGUAACCUCGCAAGCAUUCAAAAUGUUCAUACAUACAUCAUGUCUGCUAUAUUUAUGGUUACAUUCAAGAAUAGCUUUAGAGUGCUGUAGAUAAAUAUUGUCAAUGUUGAUUCAAAUGCUUCUCAGAGGCCUCUGUGAGUGAUUUUACAAAGUUCAAUAACUGUAUAUUUUGUAUUAUGUUUUAGCUCCAAAGGAAUGGCAGAAAAAAAAAGAAAAUGUUUAAAAAAGCUUUGUUCCCUGAACUAAAUUGUACUAUUUGUGUUGUCGAUUGAACAAAUUGCAUUCCUUGCUUGUGAAUUGAUGCAUUUCUCUCCCUGCCCCUUGAAUUUUCUCCCCUUCUUUCCCUCCUUUCUUUCAUUUUUUAGCCUUUGAAGUUUGAAUAAAAUUUCUAGUUUGCAGAAUGUAUUACUAAAUAAAUGGGUUGUCAUCUUGUA